GGCUCUAGAUUAAGCACAGCUCUUCAGGCCAUCAUCACAUGGUAAAUGUGAGGCUGCUGCACGCUGCAGCCCUUCUUGGUCAAGGCACAAUUUUUGGAGAGAAAUCAUGCCAAGGUACACGGUGCACAUCCGAGGAGAAUGGCUGGCAGUGCCAUGCCUAAACUCCACAAACACCAUUGAGUGGCUGGGAAAGGAAUCUGUGAGACGGUACAUGAAAAACAAACCUGACAAUGGGGGAUUUGCCUCAGCAGAAGAAGUAAAGUUUUACAUUCGACGGUGCAAGGGACUUGGCUUGCUGGAUCUUGAUGAUACCGUGGGGGAUGCUCUAGAAGACAAUGAAUUUGUUGAAGUUGUUAUAGAAGGAGAUAUAAUGUCUCCAGAUUUCAUACCAUCUCAGCCAGAAGGAGUUCAUUUAUACAGUAAAUACCGCGAACCAGAACAGUAUAUUUCUUUAGAUGGCAACAGCUUAACAACGGAGGACUUGGUCAAUUUAGGAAAGGGACUCUACAAGAUAAAGCUUACACCUGAAGCUGAAAUUAAAGUCAAAAAAUCACGAGAAGUGAUUGAAAGGAUUGUAAAGGAGCAGACAGUUGUUUAUGGAAUCACCACGGGUUUUGGAAAGUUUGCCAGGACUGUCAUCCCAAACAGUAAUUUGAGGGAACUUCAAGUGAACUUGGUUCGUUCACAUUCUGCAGGUGUGGGGAAACCUUUGACCCCAGAGAGAACUCGCAUGCUUUUGGCACUGAGAAUCAAUGUCCUAGCCAAAGGAUACAGUGGAAUAUCCCUAGAAACCCUCGAGCAAGUUAUUGAAGUGUUUAAUGCAUCCUGCCUUCCUUAUAUCCCAGAGAAAGGGACAGUUGGAGCCAGUGGAGACUUGGCCCCUCUCUCUCAUCUUGCUCUGGGAUUAAUUGGAGAGGGAAAGAUGUGGUCGCCGAAGAGUGGCUGGGCUGAUGCUAAAUAUGUCCUGGAAGCCCAUGGACUAAAACCAAUUACCUUGAAACCAAAAGAGGGUCUGGCCCUCAUCAAUGGGACACAAAUGAUCACCUCGCUGGGGUGUGAGGCAGUUGAAAGAGCCGAAGCUAUAGCAAGGCAAGCUGACAUCAUCGCUGCCCUUACACUGGAAGUCCUGAAGGGUACAACGAGGGCCUUUGACACUGAUAUCCAUGCAGUGCGCCCACAUCGAGGGCAGGCUGAAGUGGCCUUUCGGUUCAGGUCCCUUCUUGAUUCUGACCAUCAUCCAUCAGAAAUAGCAGAGAGCCAUAGAUUCUGUGACCGAGUUCAGGACGCAUACACAAUGCGCUGCUGCCCUCAGGUCCAUGGGAUUGUAAAUGAUACAAUUACUUUUGUGAAGGACAUAAUAACAACGGAACUCAAUAGCGCCACGGACAACCCUAUGGUGUUUGCUGAAAGAGAAGAAACCAUUUCUGGAGGAAAUUUUCAUGGUGAAUAUCCUGCAAAGGCUCUGGACUAUUUAGCAAUUGGUGUGCAUGAACUUGCUGCAAUUAGUGAAAGAAGAAUUGAGAGGCUCUGCAACCCCUCGCUCAGUGAACUGCCUGCAUUUUUAGUCACUGAAGGAGGUCUGAACUCAGGAUUCAUGAUUGCACACUGCACAGCAGCUGCCCUGGUGUCUGAGAACAAAGCCUUGUGCCACCCCUCUUCUGUGGAUUCUCUCUCAACCAGUGCUGCUACAGAGGAUCACGUGUCUAUGGGAGGAUGGGCUGCAAGAAAAGCUUUGAGAGUUAUUGAACAUGUGGAACAAGUUCUGGCUAUUGAGCUGCUCGCUGCCUGCCAGGGCAUUGAAUUCCUCCGCCCUCUGAGAACAACAACCCCAUUGGAGAAGGUCUACGACCUUGUGCGCUCCGUGGUGAGGCCCUGGAUAAAGGAUCGCUUCAUGGCCCCAGACAUUGAAGCAGCUCACAGGCUGCUUGUGGAGCAGAAGGUGUGGGAAGUGGCUAAACCUUACAUUGAAAAGUACAGGAGAGAACACAUCCCUGAAUCAAGACCCAUUUCACCUACAGCCUUCUCCCUGGGAUUGCUGAGAAUGAGUGCAGAUGAUAGUCAUGACCACAAGCAUCAGAAUGAACUUUAAGAGUUGUGAUCCCCUGGAAGAGAGCAGAUCCUUUCCAGAACCUUACCUGAGCAUGGCCCUUCUACUCAAACUCAAUGUGGUUUCUCCAGGCGACCUAGAGGACCUGACUGUCUAGCUCAGAAGCACGAAUAGAUAGUAAAGAGAAGUCUCACUGCUUUCCUCAUGUGUAAAAGACAAUUUUGUUAUGAUAGUAUGGUUUUGACUGAAUUUCAUGAACUUCUGAAUACAAAUCAUUCAGACUCCUGAUGAAACCAG